AUAACUAAAAUAAUCCCAAAUGUCCACAAACACACAUGUACUGUAAUCUGAGUGAUUAUUUUAUAUUUAAGCAUUUUAUAGAAUGGAAACCGAGGAGCUAAAGGGUGAACAAAAGAUGAAAAUUAGGUACUUUGUCCCUAAAGAUCCAGACAGUAAAGGAGGAGGCAAAUUUAGCUUCAUGAGAAGGAGCAAGGAUGUUAUUAAAGAAAAGCCUGUCCCAGAGCAGCAGUUAAAGAAAUGGCGCCGGGGUGAAAGUGCAAAGGGAUUUGCUAAGAAACAAUUUCACACCCAAAAAAUGAAAGAAAGAGAAGAAACUUUUGAAAAGGUUGCUGAAAAGUCUGCACGCACAGAGUUACUUCGCACUGAAGAGGUUGGCUAUCUGGAAGGAGAAAGUACACACCAGAUUUCACAAAAUGAAAUUAAAGCCCAAGCAGAUGAGGCCACACAGCAAAAAAUAUUUGAUUUACAUCUUAACCAAUUUGGACCUUAUAGAAUGGAUUACUUGCGGAAUGGCAGACAUCUUUUGAUUGGGGGAGCCAAGGGUCAUGUGGCAGCAUUUGAUUGGCAGACAAAAAGCCUUCACUGCGAGAUGAAUGUAAUGGAAACAGUAACUGAUGUGAAGUGGCUGCAUCAAGAAACAAUGUUUGCCGUUGCACAGAAAAAAUGGGUGUAUAUAUACGACAAUCAGGGAAUAGAGCUGCAUUGUUUAAAACAUUUAGACUCGACCCUUCGUCUAGAGUUUUUACCUUAUCAUUUUCUACUUGUUUCCUCUGGUGCAAAAGGUUUUCUCUCAUAUUUAGAUGUAUCUGUAGGAAAAGAAGUAGUGGGUAUUCAUACUAAACAAGGAAGGUUAGAUGUGCUAACUGUAAAUCCACAAACAGCUAUUGUUCAUUUAGGACAUCCUAAUGGUAGUGUGUCUUUGUGGACUCCAAACAUGAAAGAGCCAGCAGCUAAAAUACUUUGUCAUGGCAGUGGUAUUAGAGAUGUAGCAAUAGAUGUCACAGGAAAAUACAUGGCCACAACAGGGUUUGACAGACGUCUUAAAAUCUUUGACCUGAGAACCUACAGAGAACUCAGUAGGUUCCAGUACAACAAGAGACAGUGCCCUGGCCUGUUGGACUUCAGCCAGAAAGGUCUUUUAGCUGUCAGCAGAGAUAAUGUAGUGGAGGUGUAUAAAGAUAUGACAUCUCAAGCUUAUAGACCAGAAAAACCUUAUCUGUACCAUCGCUGUGAUAAGCUAGUGGCAAAUUUGAUGUUCUGUCCCUUUGAAGAUGUUUUAGGCAUUGGACAUGGAUCUGGAUUUUCUAGUAUUGUAAUCCCAGGUGCUGGUGAAGCCAAUUAUGAUGCACUAGAGGCAAACCCUUUCCAGUCUAAAGCACAAAGAAAACAGACAGAAGUCAGAAUGUUGUUAGACAAGGUGAAGCCUGAAAUGAUAACUUUGGACGGUCAGAUUUGUAAAGUGGAUUUACAGACAGCUAAAGAGUUGCAAGAGGAGCGAAAUAAAACCAAGUAUUUAAAACCCAACAAGAUUGACUUCACACCAAAAAACAAAAUGAAAGGAGGAAGCAGUGGGGCCAAACUCGUACAGCGUAAAAAGGGCGUCCAAGAAGAGCAUAUAAGGUCAGCAGUUCGGGACAUUGUGAGGACAAAACAAGUGGAAGGAAAACAAAAGGAGAGAAAUAAAAGCAGGAAAGGUGUUCAGGGCUCUGCUCUUGAUAGACUAAAGAAGAAAACAGCUUGAAAACAAAUAUUGUUGAUAGUAUUUCAUUUAUGACCAAUUAUAAAUUUUAUGUACUGAAUAUAAUUGUUU